AUGAAUGCAGAGCCCCGGUCCCGGCGGACUGGAUCUGGAAGGCUUCCUGGAGAGCAGACUCGAGCCAGAGCCAUGCACCGAAUUGGCCUCAGCCAGGGCCAAGGCUCAACACCCGUGCCUUCCAUGCCUUCCGUACCUUCCGGGCCUCCCGGCCCUGUGAAGCUACCGAGUUCACUGGAGGGUCUGGAGAGGCGGAAGCGGAAGGAUCUGAAGGUGGAAGGCGUCUUGCCCAAAGGAGCGAGACCUGCCCCAAUCGGAAAGGUUCCCAUGCGUAAGCUGGGGGCUUCAGAUGCCACGUCCAGAGCCAAUGGCAAGGAGUCCCCACCUCGGUCGGGCUCUUCUCGCACCAGUCCGCGGACUCCACGAGGCUCAGAGCGCGGCUGUACAGAUCGAGCGGACAAGGAGCUUGACGUGCGCAAGCGGGCCUUAAUGCUUUUGGCUAGCUCUAAGUCCGCAGCUGUCAAGGAAAGGACAGAAAGCUUCAUGCAGAAGCACCAGAUUGUCUUAACAGCGUCAGUGCCAGAUCAGGCUGAGAAACCUGCAGUUGGGAGGCAGGCGCUGUGCGACGUCCAGGCUCAGGAGCCUUCGACAGCUCCGGAGCAGGACAAGCCCUCCCAUCCCUCCCCCUCCUCGCCAUCGAGAACACACGCUGAGCCAGCAGAGAGAGAUGAUGGAUCUGGGUUUGCACCGGAUAACCUGUCGCUUGCAUGGCUGCGGAGCGCAUUCCAGUGGUGUAUCCACUGCCUUCUGGGAUGUGUUCUUCUGUCUCUACGGUGCUGCCUUGGCAGCAUGAACUGCCUGAAGCCACUACUGGUCGAGGAAGCUCCGCGGAGGCGGUACCAAGAAAAGCCCACAGCCAGGAGGCGGCCGGAGGCAGUAAGGCCUCGCCGAACUGUUGCCAAGGGCCCAACGAAGGACAGUCUGAGCGAGCAGCUCGACACCCUUGAGGCGCUCCUGAGCCGUGAAGCGGCCUCACUGGUCACUCUGAAGGCGGAGAAGGCCUGA